UCAGCUGUGUUCGGCAUCCUCCCCGCCACAUUCACUUUCAUCUCUUCCCCCUCGCAAAGCAGACGUGCAACACAGACGUCGCUUUUCUGGUCUUAAUCCUCUAACCGUGAUCCCCUCAGCGUCGCAACAAACACCACCCCCAAGGAGCACAAAUGUCGAACGUCGCUUCAUCUUCAUCAUCAGCACAAGCCGCAUCGUCAUCGGGCACAGGGCAGAACGCACACCCACUCUUGAGCAACAACGAUGAGAAGAACAGCGUCGUGAUCAAGGUUGGCAUGGUCGGGGACUCGCAGAUCGGCAAGACGAGCUUAAUGGUCAAGUACGUCGAGGGCAGCUUUGACGAGGAUUAUAUCCAGACGCUGGGCGUCAAUUUCAUGGAGAAGACGAUCUCGGUGCGGCGAACGACGAUCACGUUCUCAAUAUGGGAUCUGGGAGGACAGCGGGAGUUCGUCAACAUGCUGCCCCUCGUGUGCAACGACGCCGUCGCUAUCCUGUUCAUGUUUGACUUGUCACGAAAAUCGACACUCAAUUCGGUCAAGGAGUGGUAUCGACAGGCGCGAGGGUUCAACAAGACAGCAAUUCCAUUCCUCAUUGGCACGAAAUUCGACACAUUCGCGACCUUUCCACGAGACGAGCAAGAAGAGAUCACAAAGCAGGCGAAGCGCUUCGCCAAAGCAAUGCACGCAUCACUCAUCUUUUGUUCCACAUCCGCGUCCAUCAACGUGCAGAAGAUCUUCAAAAUUGUUCUCGCAAAGGCUUUCGAUCUUAAAUGCGUCAUCCCAGAGAUCGAGGGCGUGGGCGAGCCGGUGUUGAUUUACGUGGACGUCUGA